AUGGGAUCCAAAUCUACUUACCAAGUCAUUAAAUCUGGGCAGGGUGAUGAAGGUCAGCAUUUGGGGUUCCAGCAACUUUGGGAGAUUAAAAUCCCUCCUAGAGCCUUAUCUUUUGCCCGGAGAUUGUUAUGGGAUAGACUCCCUACUAAGGAUAACUUAGUUAAAAGACAAAUUCAGGUUGAAAAUGACCUUUGCCCUUUCUGCCAUAGCCAACCUGAAUCUGCAUCCCACCUGUUUUUCACUUGUGCUAAAAUUAUGCCUUUGUGGUGGGAAUUCUUAUUCUGGGUAAAGGAAGACAGGGUUAUCCACUGCAGGCCAAUGGAUAAUUUCCUUCAGCAUUAUUCUUCAGCAGGAUCAAAGGCUUCUAACAGAAGAUGGAAAAUGUGGUGA